AUGGGUGUUCAAGAGCUUGGGGAGAGCAUCCAUGCACAUGUGACUAAAGUCGAUUACUCAUCCAAAGCAUUUUUAAUAUCAUCAUUGAUUGAUUUAUAUUGCAAACUUGGAAGGACAAGGCAAGGAAAUGCCAUUUUUGAUGAAAUUAUAAUCAAAGAUCUUCUAUGUUGGAGUUCAAUGAUCAACAGUUAUGGGAUAAAUGGGUAUGGAAAUGAAGCUCUAGAGACUUUCUCAAAGAAUGAAGGUUGGAAUUGGUUUUAUGCCAUGGAAAAGAUAUAUGGUAUUACUCCAAAACUUGCACACUAUGCUUGUAUGGUAGAUUUGCUUAGUCGUCAAGGACAUGUAAAAGAAGCUCUUGAAUUUGGGAAAAGUAUGCCUAUAGAGCCCGAUAAAAGAAUUUGGGGAGCUCUUCUUGCUGGUUGUCGAUCCAUUUGUGGGUCUAUUGAGAUUGCAGAAUUUGUGGUUGAACAGCUCAUUCGCUUGGACCAAGAAAAUACUAGUUGUUAUUUGGUUUUGUCAAACUUGUACGCAGAGCAGUUUAGAUGGGAAGAUGUGGAAAGGAUGCGGAAAUUGGUAGACAAGAAGCGAUUGAGGAAGGAAACAGGAUAUAGUAUAAUUGAAGCCAAUUCAUAA